UCCGUGAAGGGGGCCAACGGCUACAUUACCGCUCUCUCUUUUCUCUCUCAUCUUUCUCUCUCUCUCUCUCUCUCUCUCUUGCGCAUCGGCGACAUUCCUAUCGGAACAGGAAAUCUCGGCGAAAUGAUCGCGCCGUUGGGAUCGACGACCCUCUAAUCUUGGCAACCGCUGUAUCUCACCAGCGAUCGAUCGCGAUCGGGCCCAUUUCCGAAUCAUCGCCUUUCCCCCUCUCUCUCUCGAUAUAAGACCCUCGCCAUCCGCCCUCUUCUCCUUCGGUUCUUUCCCUCAUGGUUAGAAUCCCGCUCUCGCUCUGAACGCAAGAAGAUCAAAGGAAAGGGCUUUUUGCUUCCUCUUGGUCCCGGAAUCGCUCGGUUCACCGUUGGUGAAUUGAGGGAAAAGGGGUUUGGUUUGUGGGUUUCCUUUUUUUUUUUUUUUUUUUUAAUUUCUGGGGAUUUGUAGUGGAAGCAUUGGAGGAAGGGGGUUUGGUUUUGGAUUUCUUUGGGGGCGAUUAGCUGUUCUUUUUUCUUUUUUCUUUUUUCUUUUUCGUUUCUUUCGUGUAGAGAGCGCUUCUGGGUUACUGGUCUUUCAAUCGAUUCGAUUGAAGGGCCCUCAUGGAGGUGAGAGGGUGAAAGGGUGCUUGUAUAGUUGUACAUCAAAUGUGUAGAGGCGUUUAGGUGGAGAAGAAAGAGGGGAUUUUGCGGGUUUCUUGAGGCGGCGGCACCCGAAAGAAUUUGCAUCGAAAGAUGUCUGCAGCCGACGUCGCCUUGAGCCCGGCUCGGGAUGGGUCGAUCGGGUUCCCCGGGUAUUGUCGCACGAGCCGGAAUUGCCGCAACUCUUGCGACUCGAUCCUGGUGUACCUCACUGCCGUGGGUUCUGUCACUUCUGUGAUCAUAAUGCGCAUCCUGGAGUUGGACUCGAUCGCUUCGGUGAAGCUGAGGAUCCAGACGUGCAAAGGGUUUGUGGUGAAGAAGCAGAAGCUCGUGUACGGAGGCAGAGAACUGGCGCGGCAGGAUUCUCUUGUUAAGGACUAUGGCGUCACCAGUGGGAAUGUUCUGCAUUUGGUUGUCAAGCCUUCGGAUAUUUUAGUCAUCAGCGUUAGGACCGUUAGUGGGAAGGAGUUUGAGUUCCAUGUGCGUCGUCAUCGGAACGUGGCUUAUCUCAAGCAUCGGAUAGCCAAGAAAGGGAAAGGCUUUGUUGAUCUCGAGAGCCAAGAACUCUUCUGCAAUGGCGAGAAGCUUGAGGACGAGAAACUUAUCAAUGACAUCAGUAAUAAUAAGGAUGCUGUGAUCCACUUGCUGGUCCAGGAAUCAGCAAAGGUCAAACCUAAGCCCAUUGAGAAAGAUUUUGAACUUUCUGUCGAGGCAGCAAAACCAAACGUGACUACCACAGAUGGAGACAAAUCCUCAGUGGAGGUUGCGGUUGUUGCUGGGGAGCCACCGCGAUUGGGUAGAAAUUUUUCACUUGAUCCAAUCAUCGGCAAUCCUAGGGUCACACUGUCCUUGGUCAUAGGGAAUAUGAUCGAGGCAACUUCUGAUGGCUUGAAGAGUGGCAAUUCACCUAUUAGGUCAAGCGAGGGCACAGGAGGAGCUUACUUUAUGCCGGACUCGUCUGGCGACAAACUUGUUUCUGUUUUCAAGCCUAUUGAUGAAGAGCCAAAUGCUGUGAAUAACCCUCAGGGACUGCCUGUUUCAUCUGAUGGCGAAGGUCUGAAAAGAGGGACAAGGGUCGGUGAAGGAGCACUGAGGGAAGUUGCCGCCUACAUAUUAGAUCAUCCAAGAAGUGGGCCCCGCAUCUUAACCGGUGAAGUAAUGGGCUUUGCUGGUGUGCCUCCAACCGUGAUGGUUCAGUGUUUGCAUGAAGGGUUUAACCAUCCUGAUGGUUAUGAAGGCACAGCGAAGAACAUAAAGACUGGGUCUCUGCAAAUGUUUAUGGAUAACAACGGAAGUUGUGAAGACAUGGGUCCUAGGGCUUUUCCUGUGGAGGAGGUCCACAAAAUUAGUGUGCUGGAUAUCAGGAUGGCAAAUGCUGAUAGGCAUUCUGGCAACAUCUUGAUUAGCAAGGAUGAAGAGGGUCAGACUGUUCUCAUACCAAUUGACCAUGGAUAUUGCCUGCCUGAGAGUUUUGAGGAUUGCACUUUCGACUGGCUGUACUGGCCCCAAGCUCAUCAACCCUACUCUGCCGACACCGUCAACUACAUAAAAUCCCUCAAUGCCGAGGAAGACAUAAAACUCCUCAAGUUCUACGGCUGGGACAUCUCGCCCAAGUGCGCUCGCACCCUCCGCAUAUCCACCAUGCUCCUGAAGAAAGGGGUCAAGAGAGGCCUCACCCCGUUCGCCAUCGGGAACAUCAUGUGCAGGGAGACGGUGAACAAGGUGUCUGUGAUAGAGGAGAUGGUCCACGAGGCUGAGGACUGCCUGCUCCCCGGGAUGAGCGAAGCCGCCUUCCUUGAGGCCCUCUCUCUGAUCAUGGACCGCCGGCUCGACGGGCUGGUCAAGUAACUUAAUGUCCGGGUCCGGGUCUUGCUUUCAUAUAUAGGUACAUAUUUUGUAUGUAUGACUAAAAAGACCGAGCCGAGUCCUAUUUUCGGGUGUGCUUAGCUCGUGUUCGUGCAGCUUGGGAUGGCUUAUAGAGUUCUUCACGGGCCUGACGCUUUUCGGCUUGUUGCUAUGGCUUCUGUCAGCGUCUGCUUGGGAAUUCAUGUUUGGAAACGUUGAACGGAACAAGUUCGAUAGAAUAUGAAUAAAAAGAAUCAUGUAUUUCUCUUAUAUUCGAUCGAAUGGAAAGAUGGUAUUUGCA